AUGAGUUGGAUGAUUGAAGGAAUGAAGUAUGAGGUCAAGUACUUGGUUUUUGCACGCAUGCUUGGACUUGAAGUUCGUGAUACUAGCAAGGCCAAAAUUCAUGAUGAGAUUCAACUUUCCACUAGCGAGAUGGAUUUCAUGUAUGAUCAUGAGAACUAUGAAGUUGAGUAUGGUCAUAUCAAAGCCCAAGCCACUACUACCGGUGUCGGACCUUCUAAUACUUCUCGCGCUCAAGAAAGUGAUGAGAAAGACACCGAAGAAGAAGAAGAAGACAUUGGAGGCGUCGAGGAGAGCUCCAAUGAGGACGACGAUGAUAAUAAUAAUUGUGAUGAGGAUGAUGACUAUGAAGAGGACAACGACUAA